AUGAAGUUCCUUGGCGCCGCUUCCACGUUGGUAUUUUCUGGUCUUGUAUUGUUAGCGUCAGCUUUUUUACCGGGUGCACACUUUUUAUGCAGUGAGGACCGAAAAAUAUUUUUAUCAGCAAUUGAUCAUUAUGAAAAUCCUGAAUUUUAUUUGGAUGCGGAACAUGAUGAUCCUCUGGGUCCGGAUGGGAGGCGAUACUCGGCAUACCGAUAUUCAGUGAUAGGAAAUGAUGGAAGCACCAUUAUGACCUUGAUUCAAGCAACUUAUGAAUCACCCUUUAACCGAGUUCUUGAAAAAAUCGGGGGAGUUUGGCGACAAUGUCCGUUCUACCUGCGCGAAUAA